AUGGCAAAAAGAAAGGCAGAAAACAGAACUUUUCUGGAUAGGUGGGAGGCAGAAUAUCUGUUUACAUAUGUAAAAGACAGACCUGUUUGUCUUGUUUGUGGAGCCAACGUGUCUGUAACUAAGGAGUUCAACAUUAGACGACACUAUGAAACGAAACACCAGAACAAGUAUAAGAACCUGGACAUGACUCAAAGGUGCCAGAAAGCAGAGGAGAUGAAAAGAAGUUUGGUUUCACAACACAAUGUAUUCAAAAAAGCCAAAUCACAAUGUGAGGCUGCUGUAAAGGCUAGUUAUAUUGUGGCAGAAGAAAUUGCAAAAUCAGCCCGGCCUUUUAUUGAGGGAGAGUUUAUAAAAAAGUGCAUGAUGAAAGUUUGUGACCAAGUGUGCCCAGAGAAAAAACAAGCCUUUUCAAACGUGAGCCUGAGCAGGAACACAGUAGCUGAGCACACAUGUGAACUUGCCACCAAUCUUCAUGACCAGCUGAUGGAAAAGGGAAAAGGUUUCGUUUCUUUCUCACUUGCUGUGGACGAGAGCACCGACGCGUCUGAUACUGCGCAGCUGUCAGUGUUCAUCCGUGGAGUGGACUUAAAUCUGUGUGUUACGGAGGAGCUUUUGGGAUUUAAAUUCAUGCAUGGCACAACCACAGGGAAGGAAAUCUUUGAGGAGGUUUGCAAAUGUGUAACUGAAAUGAAGCUGCCAUGGGAUAAACUUGUGGGAUUAACCACAGAUGGUGCGCCAGCGAUGAGAGGUAAAAAGAAUGGACUGGUGGGCAGGAUUCGGGAAAAGAUGCGGGAAGAGAAUUGUGCAGGUGAGCUAUCUGUUUAUCAAUGCAUCAUACAUCAAGAAUCACUGUGUGGUAAAGCCCUUAAGAUGGAACACGUUAUGACCACAGUAACACAAGUUGUUAACUUUUUAAGAGCCAAAGGUCUGAAUCACCGCCAGUUUAAGUCUUUUCUAAACGAGUGUGGUUCUGAAUAUUCAGACGUGCCAUAUCACACAGAGGUGAGAUGGUUAAGCCGCGGAAAAGUACUGAACAGAUUUUUCGAGCUGCAUGAGGAAAUAUGUCAGUUUCUGCAAAGCAAAGGGAAGGACACAGCAGAGCUCCGGGAGCAAAAGUUUCUGUGUGAGCUGGCCUUUCUGUGUGACAUCUCAAGCCAUCUCGAUGCGCUGAACCUGCAGCUGCAGGGGCGGGGACGCAUCAUCAUAGACAUGUACGCAGCAGUGAGAGCUUUUAAAUCUAAAUUGUGCCUGUGGGAGAAACAGAUGCUGCAAGGAAACCUUAACCAUUUUCUCUGCUGCCAAACCAUAAAAACACAGAUCUCUACUGCCGUGUGCGCACAGUUUGCUGAAAAACUCAGUGUACUCGGCACUGAGUUUAGCCAGCGAUUUGCCGACUUUGAUGUCCAGAAAUGUAGAUUUCAACUGCUUAGUAAUCUCUUCGCAGUUGAUGUGGAAAACGCACCAAACCACCUCCAAAUGGAGCUGAUUGAACUCCAGUGUAAUGACACGUUGAAGUCAAAGUAUGAUGCUGUUGGCGCCGCACAGUUUCCACAGUUCAUCCCUGACACAAUGCCUCAGCUCCGCACCCAAGCUGCUCAAUUGCUCUCCCUGUUCGGCAGCACUUAUCUAUGUGAGCAAGUUUUCUCCUUGAUGAAGAUGACAAAAACAUCUCACAGGAGUCGUCUGACUGAUGAACACCUUCGUUCGAUACUGAGGUUUCCUCAGCUCAGAGCCUGA